GCAAUGAGAUAAUAAAACGACGAUUUUACAAUAUUGAUUAGUUUGACUUAUUAAUUUUCUUCUCUCAUUCUCCUCUAAUCCCCUUACCCUUUUUCAUCUUCCCACUUUUUUCUCCUCUUUCUUCUUCUCCUUUGCCUGCCUAUUUCUUCAGGAUAAAUGGAAAAAUACCCUUGAUUGGAUUUGAACCAGUUUGAUCUUGUCGUGUUUUGGGUUAAUACACAUUAAUCUUGCAACAAUAAACAUUUCCCCAUUUGGGCCUCUUAAGAUUUGGUAGAUAAAUGUACAAGGAAGAAACUAGGUGAAUUCCUUCUAUGAAUUAGGAAAGAGGUUCAGAUAUAGUGAAACAAAAACAGAAAUUUUGAAUUGGGAAAGGAAUAGAACAGAGAUUGAUCACAUGGGUUAUCUGAACUCAGUAUUGUCACAGUCUACAAGCCAAGUCCACGUCGAUACUGCCCCGGUCAGCGGCGGUGGCCUUAGGUAUUUAUCCGGAAACAAAUUGUCUAUUUAUUUAUAAAAGUCAGAAUGGAAAAUUCAGCUAUGGAUAUGCAAGUUCUCCGGGUAAAAGAUCUUCAAUGGAAGAUUUCUACGAGACAAGGAUUGACGGUGUUGACGGAGAGGUGGUUGGUCUCUUUGGAGUCUUUGAUGGUCUCUCUCUCUCUCUCUCUGCGUCACGGUGGAGCUCGAGCUGCAGAAUAUGUCAAACAAAACCUUUUCAGCAAUCUGAUAAAGCAUCCAAAAUUUAUUUCUGACACUAAGUCAGCUAUAUCGGAUGCUUACAGUCAUACAGAUUCGGAAUUCCUGAAAUCUGAGAACAAUCAGAACAAAGAUGCUGGAUCUACUGCUUCCACAGCUAUCCUUGUUGGUGAUCGGUUACUGGUGGCAAAUGUUGGAGAUUCAAGAGCCGUCGUUUGCAGGGGUGGUAAUGCUUUUGCUGUCUCUCGAGAUCAUAAACCAGAUCAGACAGAAGAGAGACAACGGAUUGAAGACGCUGGUGGCUUCGUGAUGUGGGCUGGAACUUGGAGAGUCGGAGGAGUGCUUGCAGUAUCUCGUGCGUUUGGUGACAGACAAUUGAAGCAGUAUGUUGUUGCUGACCCAGAUAUUCAGGAGGAAAAGGUCGACGACACCCUCGAGUUUCUCAUCCUCGCCAGCGAUGGGCUUUGGGACGUGGUGACAAAUGAGGAGGCUGUUUCUAUGACUAAACCGAUCCCAGAUCCCGAAGAUGCAGCCAAGAGGCUGGUGCAAGAAGCUAACCAGAGAGGAAGUGGUGAUAACAUCACCAUUGUAGUUGUUAGGUUUCUAGCUGCAAAAGUGGAAUCAUCUCAUACCACUACCACCCAUUAAGACUGAUUUCUUCUUCGUUCGAACAAAAAAAGGAAACAGCGAUAGGAAAAGCUUGUGCAACAAGCACUGAACUGUAAAAAAAAUAGAUUCCAGUCUUCGCUAAGAUGCACUAGUGAAGAAGACUAUAUAGGUAUCAAGAAUGUCUGUAACUUGAGUUCUAUAUUUUAUUUAUAUGAAAUCUGGGAUUAUUUAACAUUA